AUGGUUCUUGUAUAUAUUGACUCAUUGCCAAAAGAAAUUAAAAAUCAUUUUAAAUAUACAUUAGAUCCGUUUAAUCCAUCUAAUUAUUCCAAGUUGAAUGAAAUUAAACUUUAAAUAGAUUAAUAUAAUGAUGAUCAUAUAGAUUAAUUAAAUAUCCAAGAGAUUAUUGGCACUAAGUUCAUAAUGUAGAGUAACUUAUAAGAAUUAUAAAUUGUAUGAGAAGCAGAUAACAGACCAAAAGAAAUCUUGGAUGAAAUAAAAGUAAGAGAAAUGAGAUUUAAAGAUAGAGCAUUCAUAUAAAAAUCAUCUUAAUUGACUAAAGGGGAAUUUUAAGAGAAUAAAAUAAGAGCCCAUUAAAGAAUAUGA